AUGCCUCGAGCAGAAGUGGGAUCAACCAAGUACAUCGCCAACCAGAUGAAGUCGAAAGGGCUUCAACGGUUGCGGUGGUACUGUCAAGCAUGUCAACGGCAAAUGCGCGACGAGAACGGCUUCAAAUGCCAUGUUGCCUCGGAAUCCCACGUCCGUCAAAUGCAGCUGAUCGGCGAAGACCCUCGGAAGGCCAUCAACGACUAUUCUAACCAGUUCCUCCGAGAUUUCAUACAACUCCUGCGUACGGGACACGGCGAGAAAAGGGUUAACGUCAACCACUUCUAUCAAGAGUAUAUUUCAAAUAAACAACAUAUUCAUAUGAAUUCGACCAAAUGGAGCAGUUUGACCGAGUUUGCAAAGUACCUGGGCAGAGAAGGCAUAUGCCGUGUGGACGAGGAUGAGAAGAAUGAAAGCCGCACUGGCGCGAGUGGGCUCACAAUUAGUUGGAUUGACAAUAGUCCUGAGGCACUGCGGCGGCAAGAGGCGAUCCGAAAGAAGGAAAGACAAGACCGUGGCGAUGAAGAACGUGAACAACGAAUGAUUCAGGAACAGAUUCGAAAAGCAAAGCGGCAGGGACUGUCAGACACUGUAGAAGAUGAAGAGGAGCAGGAGGACGACUCGGAGGCUGUAGGCGGCGAGGGUAUCAAGCGAAAGGAGGGAGAGAAAAUUGUGCUCAACUUUGGAGCAAAGAAACCCACACCCGAGACGGCCAAACCACCGACGCCUCCUCUCUCAGAGAAAGAUGAAUCAUCAUCUGACAAGGAAAAAGAGGACACCAGAACCCCAAUAACCUCACCUCCUGCGUCCGACGACCCGAAAGCAGUGCAGGCAACUGCAAAGCAGCCUAUAUCCAUGUCCUUUGGCGGCUCGUCAACCAAACCGAAGAAUGUGUUCGCUGCAUCUUUCAAAAAGAACCCAUUGGGUGCUACAAAGAAAUCAACCGGUUCUGCUCAGCAAAGACCGAUGAGCGAGGCGGAGAGGAUCAUGAAAGAAGAGAUCGAGCGGAAACGGCAGCGGGAGGCUAAUGGUGUUCAUGGUGGAAAUGUGUUCAAAAAGCAGCGGGUUUGA